CGCCAGGAAGGGGAACUGAUUUCAAAAAUUCUGAAAAAACAUCCGUUGUCAUCUUGUACUAGACCGUGGCAUGCGAUAUACAUGUCUAGAAUCGACGACAGCCAGCAGCAGUAUGCACGAAGUUGCGUGGAAUGACUCAACUCAGCAACACGCCAUGCAGAGCACGGGCAGUCAACAUCCACAUCACCCCCAGUCCACCCUCAAUCACCACCCACACCGAUCACAAGACGAUGCGAUGGUAGGCUAUUUCUUCCAGAGGCAACACAGCGAAGGAGAGACUGGGGGACAUUACGGCAAACUGAAAUGGGCUGUGGGCGACGAUAGCGUUAUUGAUCACCAGGUUCAUAAUGUGGAUAUGUCAAAAAUGGCGAGUGAUUUCCAGGCACUGGCGCUUGAGACAGGCAGCAGUACACGGUCAAUGGAUGAGAUUGUUCCAACAACGAAAAAGUUUUGGGAGAUGGGAGAGGGUGACGAACGGAAGGGCGAUGAACCAAAAGGCAUUUUCCUUGGGGACCAGUGGCAGGGGACAGCAUGGGGAGCAGUUCCUCUGACCAAUGCAGACCAUUCAGUAUCGCAGCCAAUCAUCAUGCAGCGUCGGGGUUACCAUGGUGAUGCUAAUGCGGUCUUGUCGCCCAGGUCCGAAAGUGGUGGCUUGGGUGUGAGUAUGGUUGAGUACGUGUUGGGGUCAUCGCCUCAAGGGAAAGCCGAACUGGAAUCAAGGAUGGGAAGAAUGAAACAAAGAUAUGGACCACCGCCAAACGAAAAUGCUAUGUCAGAAAAUGAACAACAAAACAGUGCUAACGGAAAGAAAAGUAAAACCCCCUCCCCUUUUGAGGAAGAGACAAAGAAACAGGAACAAGAGUCGAUAAAAGAAGCACAGCAGAACUGUAACCAAGUUGAAGAAGAACAAGAAAAAGCUGUUGUAUAUAGAAAUAACCGAAGUAGACAAUCCUCUCCCAAUGAAGAAAACCUUAAAGUCGAUCAAAUGAAGGCAACUACUAGCAUUGAGGUGGUCCCAAGACCACUCAUGAACAAAACCCCGGAUAACAUUGCAGAGGCGCAAACCCAGAACAGUUUGCAUAACAUUGAAAACAUGGAGCCAGUCUCAGUUGUGGAUCCACUGCAGUUUGACUAUUCUCCCCACAUGGUGCCUAGUAUGGACAGUCCUAGUUAUAUAGAUUAUAAUCAGCAGCUCUUCCAGCAGCAGCAACAGCAGCAACAGCAACAAAGACAACAGACUCCUCAAACCAUUAUAAUGCAGCAGUUGACUCCUCAGCAGCAGCAAUAUGCCAUAGCUGCGGCACAACAACAAAUCGGUGAGUAAUCAAAUCGGCAGUCCGAAUCUCAACACUAGUCUUUAAUAUAUACCCACAAUGCAUUGCACUGAUUCAAGUUCUUAUUAUGAAACUUGCAUACAGCAGAUGUGAAAAAUUUUCUUCAAAAGUAAUUUUAUUAUAUUUAAUUUUUUGAAUGCUCGUCAGCUUUUUAUCACCUUUAAUAAGCUUUGUGAUGAUCAUUUGUUUAAUGUAGUGUCCAUAUUGAGGCUCUGACCUCUGACCUGAGCAACUGUUUUGUAUUCAAAAAUGGCUGACAAUUAUUAGUAAACAUGGAGAGUUGACAUUUUGUAAAAUGUGUUGAAAAUUUUGGACCAUACAUUUUGAUAUUCCUUUUAGUGUUUGAACAAAAUGUUUGUCAUUUUAACAUUUCUUGUGAGCAGGGGCAGACUAUAUAAAAUCAUUUUGUGAAAA